CAAUUCAAGGGUGUAACUAACAAAAUGUCGAAUGUAUCCAUUUUACAAAUAUUGCUACUUAUCGCUGUGCUCUUCGUAACAUGUUCAAACCAACAGCGCAACCGUUGUCUGGGAGUUCCCGAUGGAACAUUUAUUAACGAUUUCAGCGAUUGCGAUGCCUAUUUUGUUUGCGCCCGGAAUAGUAUGGUACGAGGACGUUGUGCAGCAGGAUUUUAUUUCAACGAGAAGGAUCAGAAGUGUGAUCAUGUUUGGAAUGUAACUUGUCUACUGUGCCGAAUGCCUGACGAUGACGGUGAUGAUGAAGGAAGUGGCGAAGUGGAGGAUGAAAGCGGUAUACCGAUGAAUUUUCCAAUUGAGCGUGAGUGUCGGAAGUAUACGGCAUGUGCGGAUGAUGAAGGGUUCCUGAUGGAGUGCUCCGAAGAUCUAAUGUUUAAUUCAGAUCCAGCGGUUAGAGCAUGUGAUUUACCGGAAAAUGUCGAUUGCACAGAAAGAUUUUGUCCGAAUAACAUCAAUCCAUCAGUACCAACAUUUGUACCAGAUUUAACGGACUGUUCCAGAUUCCACAUUUGCUUCAACUGGACUGACGUUGCCGUAGGUGAAAGCUGUGCAGGUGAUCUGCUGUUCAACCCAAUUAUUGGUGGUUGUGAUUUUCCGGAAAACGUGGACUGUGAUCAUAUUUCACCGGUCCCUCCAACGUCAUGCAGACCAACUGGAAUUCACUACAUACCUGCAGAUGAGUGCGAUCAAUAUUAUAUUUGUGUUAACGGCGAACAGCGUGAACCGGCCCAAACGUGCCUGGGAGGAACAAUAUUUGAUGUUAUCACAAUGACUUGCCGAGAAGAAUCAGAUGACACCGAAUGUUUUACUAAUACCAGAGACUUGUUUGAAGCACUCGUUUUUGACCCAUAAUGUUUGUUUGAAUGUAUUAAAGAUUUCAUUUGUAAUCAAAUAUACAUAACCUUGCAUUA